AUUUUUUACACAACCCAACUCCGUUGACAGGAUAUUUUAUUCAAGGUGCUUUUUGUCGUUACAGGAUAUUGAGCUAACCCCAUGGGGCGACAUACAGCCAACAUUUUCUUCUCUACUAGACAUUCAGGCGCCAUAUUUGUGACGUAAAACAUGCCCAAGCGAAGAAACAUUCGCACACAGGAAAGCGAGAUAAUACCAGUAACAAUUCGUACACGGUCUGUUUCUGAAAUAGUUUUAUUUACUUGUUGACCAUUACAAUUGUUUCAUUUGGAGAUUAAAAAGUCUGGUUAAGCUGUUUGCAAUAUAUAACUUGCAUCAAUAAACUUGGCGACAUUUUAAAAUGGCUUCAUUGUUUGCGUUCGCCUCGCCAGCUGUAAAACGUCUUUUGGGUUGGAAACAAGGCGAUGAAGAAGAGAAAUGGGCAGAGAAAGCUAUCGAGUCUCUUGUAAAAAAGCUCAAAAAAAAUAAAGGGGCCCUGGAAGAGCUUGAGAAAGCCUUAUCGAACCCAAAUGUGCCUGCAAAAUGUGUGACAAUCGCACGCAGUUUAGAUGGAAGGCUUCAAGUUUCUCAUAGAAAAGGUCUACCUCAUGUGAUCUAUUGCCGAGUCUGGCGUUGGCCAGAUCUUCAGAGCCAUCAUGAAUUAAAGCCUUUAGAUAUUUGUGAAUAUGCUUUUGGCAAGAAACAGAAAGAAGUUUGUGUGAAUCCUUAUCAUUAUAGACGAGUUGAAAGCCCAGUAUUACCUCCAGUACUUGUUCCACGUCAUAGUGAAUGGCCUCCACUACAACCUAGACUUCCACCACCUUACCAUACAAUGUCACGGGAGAAUCCAAACAUGCCUACCAAUGCUAGUUUCCCACCUGGUUUUUCACAGUCUCCUGCAGAUGAUAGACCUAGCCCCUUCAGAAGUGGAGAAACUUUUACUCCUUAUGAAAUACCAGAUCCUUGCAUGUCAGAUGAUGGUGGUUCACCUCGUCCUCCAGAAAAUCAGAUGGAUAUAGAAAUGGGAACUAGUUCUAUUAUUCCUGGACCAAUGACUCCAGUAUCUCCUGUACCUUCUGCUACUGGUGAUAUGGCAGCUAUAAAUUAUCAAGAGCCACGUAAUUGGGCAACUAUUGCUUAUUAUGAGCUUAAUACAAGAGUUGGUGAACCAUUUCAUUGUCAUACUACAAGUAUAGUUGUUGAUGGGUUCACAGACCCAAACACCAAUCAUUCACAAAGAUUUUGUCUUGGUUUAUUGUCUAAUGUCAAUCGUAAUUCCACUAUUGAAAAUACAAGAAAACAUAUUGGAAAAGGUGUUCACCUUUACUAUGUUGGUGGGGAAGUUUUUGCUGAAUGCCUUAGUGAGAGUGCAAUAUUUGUCCAAAGUCGCAACUGUAACCAUCAUCAUGGCUUUCAUCCAACUACUGUUUGUAAAAUCCCUUCAAAUUGCUCAUUGAAGAUAUUUAACAAUCAAGAAUUUGCUCAACUUCUCUCACAAUCUGUUCACCAUGGUUUUGAGGCUGUAUAUGAACUAACUAAAAUGUGCACCAUUCGAAUGAGUUUUGUUAAAGGAUGGGGAGCAGAGUAUCAUCGUCAAGAUGUUACUAGUACACCAUGUUGGAUUGAGAUUCAUCUACAUGGUCCACUACAGUGGUUAGAUAAAGUGCUUAGUGAAAUGGGCUCACCUGGCAAUGCUAUUUCCUCAGUAUCAUGAGCCUAAUUCUACACAUCAAAAUUCAGUAAACAUGAAAGAAGCUGUUAAUUGAUGCAGGAGUAACAAAAGAUAUACAGUUUUCAUAUUUUUGUUAGUUGUUGCUAUAUUAUUUAAAUUGUCUUAGUUGUUGGUCAUGUAUAUAGUUUGUGGUACAUUUUAACUGUCAUGCAUGAUAUGCAUUUUUUACCAAUUUUAUCAUUUUGGUAAGUUAACUUGAAACUUACAACUACAAGUGUUGCUUCUGGAGCAUGAGUAUACAUUUUCUCGCUUGCAAUAAUAUAUAACUGUUGAAAAGAUAAACAUUUCAAUAUUUGAUGUUAUGUGUCAUAGCUCUUAGAUACCUCAGUAUCCAAGUUUCCUUCAGGAUGCUUCAGAAUAUGUCUAAAAGUUUGGGCAUUAGUACAAAUUUAAAAUUACAGUUAUAUUAGCUAAUGAUGUACAUUUUGUGGGAUUUGAUUUUAUUGUUGUUGAAGAAAAAUCAUUAAAUUUAUCUUCCCAGAAUUAGUAAAUAACAUUUUAAACAGACAAUAAUUAAAGAUCAUUAACUCUUAGAACAAUCUCUCUGAAUCAAUGCAAAUUUUAGAUGAAAUAUAUUGAAUAAUUAUAA